AUGGAGCCAGCACUCAUCAAGAGCGGUGCGCCAUCCUUCAGAAGACGGCUCCUAUACACAAUCCUAUAUUAUGUUCAGAUCGCCAUUCGAUUGUUUCGCCUGCAUGUCCUCAGAUACUGGCUCCAUCCCAGAGAAAAACCUAAAGUCGCUCUGUAUCACGACCGCGGGGUGGCUCUAAUCCAGUCUGUUAUCCACUUGGUCCCGCUGAGCGUCGUCGUGGCCUUUAUCGUGAUCAACAUCAAAUCGUGGUACUGGGGCGACGCAUCGAGUACGGUGCUCACAACCCUCCAGUUUGCUGCUAAGGCCUUGGAAAUCCUGAUGCAGACUUCUCUGGGAAUGAUCUUGAUGAGCUUCAUUCGCUCCCAAUUAUUCGGAGAUAGCGGUCUGCCUUUGGGAAGCCUACUAGGACCUUACAGCGUGAACGAUGUCGCGUACCUAUGGUCGUUGGAAUUCUGGGGAGGCCUUGUCUCUAAACAUGCCCGCAUAGGGCAAAGACUUGUCAUCGGGCUGGUAAUAGCAGCUUUGAUCAUCUUGGCAUCGCUAGUCGGACCGUCCAUUGCUGUUUUACUGAUUCCGAGGCCGAUAGACUAUGUAACUGGGCGCUACCUUCAGCUGUUAGAUGGACAAGCAACCAUAUUUCCCGAGCAAGUCCACUUGCAGGGGGGAAACCUCAAGAAUGAAGGUGCUUUUCGAGACGCAUUGUAUCAGCUUCUCCAAAAUCGGGAUCAAGACUUCAAGUUCAUCGAUCAGUACAAUAUGGGCCGUAUAAUGCCGUCCGCUGCUAACACACCAGUUUUGCCCCCUUCAGACUCUUCCAGUGGUCCGACCUCCGAAGACCGAGGCUGGUACGUCGGGACCCUAGGAGCGACUCUGGUAUCAAUGGCUAUGCAUUUUCCGAACUGGCAUAUCGUCGGAAAAUCAUUGAAGUCCAUAUACGCAAUACCGAUCAAGGAUUCCCUGAGGACAACUACCUUCCAAACGUAUGUGAAAGUAAUAUGUCAGUCAAGGUACUGGAGCAAAAUUUGGAAAGAAGAUUAUGCAGCAUUCGGUGAUAUAGGUCCGGAGGUUACAAACAUCACAUUUGCAGACCUUGACGAGAUCAUGUACUCGGCUGGCCCUGACAACGAUGGAAUGGAAUACGGCAUCGCUUGGUUCGCCGCACCCUUACAAGCAUCCAACCACUCCAUACUGAUGGCGAGGGGAUCUCGACCAGUGACAGAUCCCCUCAGCCAGAAUCACACUGUCGACACUUGCACUAUCGACGCCGUCUGGUUAAAGACGAACAUGAAUUCGGCUGCAGAUCGGAACUCGGAAAUAGUGAUCAACUCUGAAUUGCUUCCCGCGGACAGGCAACAGUUCGGCUACCAACCGAUCAAGAUUCCUGCCGAUUGGGCUUCAAGGGUGGUCGACAUCUUUCUGGAAAGUCAAUCACAUGUUACUGAUAUGCAGACGGAAAAGGUCUUUGCUCUGGCCUUGGCAAAUGCCGCCCCGAUUCCACAUCAUGCUUUUGGUCCGCAACCCGUAGGGUGGAAAGAUUGCCCCUCCUUGUGCUGGGGUCAACCUCUCGAAUGGCUCGAUAUGUCCCAGACACAGUACGAUGCGGCGAAAGCUUACCUCGAUUCGAAUGAGGACAUUCUUUCCAAGCACAACGAUGUCUUCUUCUACACAACCAGUAAUUGGAGCGAUCCCGAGAGCCUCUACCAUCUCGAGGUGGAGACCUACCUCCACGGCUAUGGUUAUGACAGCUCCAGGGUUCCGGUUAUCCUGUCUUUGAUAGUCUUGUCCAUAUAUGCUUUCGUGGUGAUCAUACACCUUCUGUAUACCUUUGUCACGGGCAGUGUUGGGAGAUCGUGGGAUACGCUUGCCGAGCUUCUGCUGUUGGGCCUUCACUCACAGCCUCCCGGAGUAGCGGCCACGUCUAAUACAACAGUGGGCAUUGAGACAAUGGCACCUUUUGAGGAGCCUGUCGGUGGCGCUAGGACGAGUUGA